CGCGUACACCCUCCCUCACAAGCACGCGGCGCGCGCACUCUACUGGACAUUGACUCGCGCUGUCUCUUGUCCUCUUCGAGCUCGCGCGACUUUCGCACUUUUUUCAACCCAGGUCACCAAAGCAACAUUUAAUGUCUAAAUGAGACAUUUUCAGAGGUACAACUAAAGAAGAAGCAUCAAAAUGUAAAUAUGGUCUGUCAAAAAAGACAAAACAGAAUGCACCACCCACUGCCCCAAAACAAAAGUUGACUGACUUUGAAGAGUGCCUCGGACCCAUGUCUGAGCAUCCAUGAAUCAAAAGAGACCACAGACAAUUACCAGAUUGAAAAGCCUCCAUUGCUUUUCCUUUUAGAACACGUAGCUGUCAAGAAACGGGGUCAGCCGAAAUUGCUGUCUAGGCCAACAGCAUAUUGGGUGCGUUUUUCAUCUCGGUUGUGCUGAUAACAAAGCAAUGGCCAUGGUGAGAGGGGGCUGGGGAGAUCCCAAUGGUGAUACUAAUGGACUUGGAGAGAAGGGUUACCUGAGGGGAGAUGAAGAAGAUGGGUCACCGCAAGGAGGUGGCAGCGACAUGGAGGCUGGGGACGAAGAUAAAGGGUGCGUGGUGGACUGUGUGGUCUGUGGUGACAAAUCCAGUGGAAAACACUAUGGCGUGUUUACCUGCGAGGGCUGCAAAAGUUUCUUCAAGAGGAGUGUCCGACGAAACCUCAAUUACACCUGCAGAUCAAACCGAGACUGCCAGAUUGACCAACAUCACCGCAACCAGUGUCAAUACUGCCGUUUAAAGAAGUGUUUUAGAGUGGGAAUGCGCAAAGAAGCAGUUCAGCGUGGACGCAUCCCACCUUCGCAUUCCAGUCUUAGCCCAUCCACGACUCCAGUUGGCGGUAACGCCGGAAGCGGUGUGACUGAGUUCUACAAUGGGCAGCAGGUCUCUGAACUCAUCUCCCAGCUCCUGCGGGCAGAGCCCUACCCCAACAGCCGCUAUACCCAUCAAUACAACCAGCAGAUGCAGAGUGGCAGCGGCGGAUCCUCCAUGGGCAUCGACAGCAUCUGCGAGCUGGCCGCCAGACUUCUUUUCAGCAUCAUCGAAUGGGCCAGAAACAUUCCUUAUUUCCCCGAGCUGCCUGUGUCGGAGCAGGUGGCCCUGCUGAGGCUCAGCUGGAGCGAACUGUUUAUUCUAAACGCGGCCCAGUCUGCCCUGCCGCUGCACAUGGCCCCGCUGCUCGCCGCCGCCGGCUUUCACUCCUCUCCUAUGUCAGCCGAGAGGGUGGUGUCCUUCAUGGACCAGGUGCGUGUCUUCCAGGACCAAGUGGAGAAGCUGACCCGUCUGCAGGUGGAUUCAGCCGAGUACAGCUGUCUCAAGGCCAUAGCUCUCUUUUCACCAGAUGCUUGUGGCCUGACAGACCCAGCUCACGUCGAAAGCCUGCAGGAAAAAGCUCAGGUGGCCCUGACAGAGUAUGAGCGAAUGCAGUACCCCGGACAACCCCAGCGCUUUGGACGGCUGCUACUACGACUGCCCGCUCUGAGAGCGGUGCCCGCCAACCUAAUCUCUCAGCUUUUCUUCAUGAGGCUUGUAGGAAAAACGCCCAUCGAGACACUCAUCCGUGACAUGCAGCUCUCCGGCAGCUCCAUCAGUUGGCCGUACGCUCCAGGACAAUAAUCGUCAGACGUGACUACAGAGGCGGUCAACCACCAGAGUACUUUAGCAAAUCUCUUCAUCAUGCAUUCACAUCUAACAUUGGCUGUGUAUUCCAAUGCAACAGGGGUCAUACUAUGGGAAUCACUAGUAUGUUGCAGAUGGCUUGAUUUAUGUUCUGUGAACUGUUUUUAUGAUGCAAAGACUUGCCCCAAAACAAAUAUUUGAAACCGUUUGUAAGAUGCCAGGUACGGUUUAAUAGCGAGUUAUUUAGUGGAAAUUGAAAUCUUGCAAAGACAAAAAGUGUGUUAUUGGAAAUUGCCAACUUUAGAAAAAUUUUCUAUCCAUUGGGUUUAAACAUGAAGGUUACUUUAUUGUCAUCAAAGUGACUUUGGACUGCCGCUGGAGGCUUGGGCCCUCGUGUACCAGACUGUAAAGACAUUCUAUCCGAUCAAAAACACAGUCACAAUUGGAGUUUAAGCAUUUAACGGUCAAUUUAAACUUUUGGCUAUAUUGCAUUUCUUUAAAGAAAGAUUGAAAUUUGGAAAGAGACCUUUUAUAUCAUUCAUUUGGAACAGAGUGUAUGUGUUUUAUUUCAAGACACAAGUCUGCUGCAUAUGUACCUUUUCAGCAUUGUUUAUUAUCCAACGCACAUCGUACAUUGGAUGGCCAAUGAAGUAGUCAUGUAUUUUCAGAUUUGAAACCAGUGAACCUUUUCUAUAUGGACGUGGUGCUUAUCCACACACAGAUGACUGUAUUUUAGAGUUGAUCAUGCAUGGUUUGUAUUCUUCUGUUUUUUUUAAAGAUAAACUGAUAAAUGUGUAUGUUGACCAAAAAAAUACCUCGGUUAAAAUGGAUGAUCCAUCAUUCGCGGCUGUGUUAAUUUUAAAGCGUAACGCACCUGAGCUGCUCAUUUCACACUAAAGAGGAAUGAUUGGAUGUACGUGUCUGUUGUUUGUGUCGCGUGUGCCAUUUUUGGCAAGAAAAUGGCAUUCCCUGUUUUGUCUUUUGUGGAGCAGUGGUCUGAUGAGCACAGUUGACAGCAUGUGGCAUUGGCUCUUGUUGUGAGAUGUAAUUUUUUCUAGCCUUAGCGUACAUGACUAAUAUUACCUCAUAUUUAGGCCUUGAAACAUAGACGGUCUAAUAUACAUAAAACAAAACAUGCAAUGUGUACAGUUUUCAUUUUAAUAUCUUUGUCUUUUUAAAUAUUUGUGUAUGACCGCUUGAAUAAACAAAGGUAUCAUACAUUGA